AUCGGGCGCACGAGGAGCCGCCGGUCGAGCGGCUCCGUCAGUCUCGCGAAGAUAUUCCGGGAGUCAACAGGUGCGGUAGGAGCCAGGGAGCCUCCGGAGUGAGCCCCUUUUUCCUCUUUCCACGUCGCUUUCGUUUCUCGUGCGUAAGAACCGGAGCGGUAGACCCCGCGUUUUCGCGCGACGUUUCUCAAUUCGCGACGACAACCGGUGACAGUCGCAUAUCAUGCAGUCCUGAAGAAAGUAAUCUUCGUUUUCCCCCCGCGGACCUCGUGCACCUUUUCACGCGCCGCCUCGUAAUUUUUUUAUUUAUCGCAGAGAUUGCUAGGAAAUUCAGGAAAUAUAGCAACGAUGACGAAACGCCAGAUUAUCUCCCUUCUGCUUCUCGUGGCUUUGACACUUGGCACAUGCUAUGGCGAAUUACCCAAACCAGGCUAUACCAGGACGAUGCUGAAGGUCUCUCGAAGUCUUCCGGGUGAAACGGAAGAGUUGAAAGUGCGAACGAGCGAAGGCAACGUGGCGACUUUAAUCAUCAAGCGACGAGACAAAUCGCCGUACAGCAAUGAUUCGAAGCCUAUACCGAAACCUGCUCGGGAAGAAUCGAAUUUUACCGUAGAAGAUAAUAGAGAUUUCUCGACAAAUGCAGGGAAUAAGUCGAUGCUCAACGACGAAAAGGACGAAGCCAAAAGGAAGGACGAGGUUCGGAAACUCGAGGAAGCUCAAGUAGAACAGAUCAGGGCGGCGGUCUCCAAAUCUUCGGAGCCAAAAAAUGAAAGACCGGACGUCGAUCGGAUCGACAGGAGACCGGCAUUUGAGAGAGGUCAACCUAUUAAUGUGGUCGAUUAUGGUAAUUGGACGCCGUUGGACGCAGACGGGAGGGCCUUGAGGCAGGAGGAGCCGGAGGAAGAGGAGGAGUAUCGAAAUUGGAAACCGCUGCACACAAACUUGGAGUCUACCGUCGAGGAGAGGACAAACUACGACGGGCUAGGCGAGGCCGGCUUCGGCGGCCUCCUGUUUGCCAGGAACUUCCAGGACCGAGCCCAGAGAAAGCUCCAGCUUAACGAUCAAACUGUUGCGAACGAUGAGUUUCAUUACAUGUACAUACCUCAUAUAACGUCCACGAGGACAAACAUUGGUGCCAACCUGUUGAAAAACCGAGAUGGCAAGACCGUACCCCCGGAGGUGAUUGUUCGUUCGGAGAUCAAUGUGAAGACCGCGCCGAAGAGAUCGCCCAUGUCGUUGGAUAGCGACGGCACGCCGGUAAUUCACGGUACGAGAGUGCCCGACGAGCCUAUCGACAAGGUGCAGACCUGGCGAAACGCUCGAGUUAUCAAUAACAAGCUGAUCACUCCCGAAGGCAGUCUGGCGGUUGCCGCGGAUCCUCCAGUUGAGCCUUUCGGCGAUAACGCAGAGAGGCAGAAAUUCGAGAAGUUCUUUAACGACGUUAAUCGAAGAUACGGUCGCAAUUACGACGAGGAAGCCCGCAACGUGUACUUCGAGUGGGAUCCGCGGAAUUACAAAAAUGAAGCGUUGAAGGCCGAGGUGUACGAGCCACGUAACGACAACUACCGCGCGAGCGUCCACAAGAGGAUGCUGCAUCCGGACGGCAUCACGAGCUAUCCGAUUUCUCAACGUUAUACCACCGAGAGUCAGACCAUUGCGCCGGUGGCGUUGAAGGCCGGCGCCCGCGCGCCGGUUCUCCAGUACGCCCAUCCAGAGCUGGGCGUGCAACCAGCCAAGAUCCUGAAGAACGAGAAACGCCGGCCGGACAAUUUCCCGGAAAAUCAGCACUCGUUCACCGAGCAACGUCACAAGAAGAAGUACGUGCUGAACAAUAAGAACAUCGUGGACAGCUACACCACGAAGAACUACUAUCCGAAUCAGCACUUUUACGGUUUGAAGCGACCGUACGAGCCGCCUUUCUGGGUGAAAAUUUCCGAAAAUCUGAAGAACCAGUUCUCCACCGGAGUCGAGAGGAUGUCGCAGUUUACCAGGCCGGUGAUUGACCCUCUGGUAGAGGCCACUCACAAGAUCUCGCAGAAUCUCGGUCUGUCCAAGGGCAAGGAGGCUCAGGACAAGAUCGGCACGGUGGCGUCAGGCACUAGUAUCCUGAUACCGGCCCUAGGCCUCGUCGCAUCGGGCGCCGCACUUGGUAUAGGCGCAGUGGCGGUCGGACGGUAUCUCGAUGUCGACGUCUUGAAACGGUCAAAGGUGGACGACAUCGAUUUAGAGCACAAGCGUGCUUUGGAAGCCGGAGCGUACUUAGGAACGAUCGACGACGAGAGUUUAAGAUCGAACGAAGCGGCACCGCAGACCUUGUACAUUCUGCAAAACGUCCCUCGGGACGAAAUGAAGGCGGGAAACGAAGGCGCGGAAAGCGACGGGGUCUUCUUGGUCCUGGAAGAGGACAAGCGGAACGCCGAGGGGAUUGAAAAUCGGGAAAGUAAACAGAUGGUGGACGAAGCUGAUUAUGUGGAAACCCACAGACGUAAAAGGAGAAGUCUCGACUAUCUAGACGUCUUCAAGACGGAUGCCGACAUGAAAAAUCUGGUACGCAGCGAGAGCUUCCAGAGGAAAGGGGCCGACUCCAUCAGCGAGAUCGUGGAGAUUGAUCUACCCACUGGCUCAGGUCGCGUCGACAUCACCGAGUUCCUGAUUCCGAAGAAGAACAAGGAGAAGCACUUGAGUGAAAAUGCUAUUCUAAUAGUCGAGGACAGCUUGAAGAUCCCAUCGGAAAAUCUGCAAGUGAACAUGUUGAAUCAGAACGGAUUGAAAAACGCCGCGAAAAUGAUUGGAGACGCCGAGGACAGUUCGCGGGACGCGAUUUCGAUAAAUGAAGAUGGAAGAAAUCGAGGAGCCGACGGUGCAUUUUUGGUGUUGGACAGAUCGCAAGUUCUCGAGAGUAAUCUCGAGAAGAAGACAGCAAACAGGAGACAAAAGCGGAGCGUCGACAGUGACCAGGAGCUUUUGGAUACGUUGCAGAAUCUGGAGAACGCGGAAGUGGCGGAAGUUGCUCAUAUACAGGGCGAUUGGACAAACACGCCCUGCGCAAAGAGGAUAUUUUGCGACACGAUGCUCCAGAAAGGUUCCGAUGCCUCGGUGCUCAUGGAGAAAAAGAUGGCAGCGUUACUGAGACUAAUUCAACCUGGAGCGGCCGUACAGGUGUCCAGUCACUUCGAAGAAGUCAUGGACGCUGUCAGGAGACACGAUUGUUCCAACUUCCUGUGCCCACAGGCAAGACCCGGCAACGUCUUCCUUUAGACACGCCUGUAGUUCUCAAAUUGCGCCAUCGACUCUACAAGCUGGCACUUCUAACUCUCAUUUAGUUCUGCUAAAAAAAAAUUAUUCUACUCUUAACGUUCCGUUGCGUUUGCAUCCUGGAAAGUUAGCUAGUUAAAUCCUGUUUCUUUUUUCACGGAGCGCAGAAACUACUUCUGUCCAGACGUUUUCAUUAGGGGACAAGUAGUUUGAUUAUCAACGGGAAAAUAUUUCCGUAUAAAAAGACAAGUUCAUCAGCACGGAACGUUUUUCUUUUUUUACAUAAAAUUGGUAUAUUCAUACAUGUCGAUGCAUAGAAAUGCUAAUAAUAAAUAAAGACGUUCGUCCAAGGCUUGCCGAACAUACUAAAUUCACAUGAUAUUUGAACGUAUACUUUUCGACUAGUGGAAAUUUGCGACUCGCGUGAUUGUGAGAGAGAUUAGUUGUACUUAAAAUCUUCAGCGUGAUCUUCAAGAAAAUAUUUCAUUAAUUUGCAAUGAGCUUGCAAUUAAACAUGAUUUCGUCAAAUACGCGCUGAGUCAGAACCGAGCCAAAACUGUAUAUACUUGCCAUCGAGGCGAUUUUAUUUAAUGUGCACUAAUAUUUGUAGUUUAGAUAAUUAAGUAGAAUUUAAGAGAGAAGAUGGAAGCUCGGCGAUAAGUGAAUUGCAUUUUCUGCAAUCCCCGAAUGUUCACCGUCUUGUGGUAUUUCCUAAUUCUUUGGUGAACGGACUUUCGUCUGCUGCUUCAUCUCGUCUCAUUUCUGACCUCCGCAUUCCGUCUGAAUAUAAAUUAUGAGUGAAAUGUAAUUCAUUCCGACGCACUGAGAGAUCAGGAAUGAUCGUAACGUUAUUAAAUAUUACUAAUUCCGAAGAAGCAACGUCGCCAGCCGUCACGCGAACAUAUGUAUUUAUUACUGUCCUUACAACGAAUAAAUGACAUUUUCUACAACACAUCCGACGUUUGAGCCUAAUUCAUUCUUACUUCAGUGACAUCUCUUUGCGGAUUUCGAACAACCGUUGGAAAUUAAGCGUUCGAUGUUAGUAAACGAUAGUCCCCGUCGGGCAAGCAACUUGCUUAUAGUCGAAAAGCAAGUGCUGCACUCACGGCAUUUCAUCCAGCGUAUGGUGAUUACGUACUGGUCAUGAUACUAUAUUGAUUGUUAUCCGAAAGGGUUGGCAGAAGUACUCACAGAUGGUAGCGGCUCGAUGCAUCGUGUACUGAGCAAGCGCACAAUCAGUCGGUUUGGUAUAAUCACGAAGAACGAUUCAGUUAAACGGUAAUUUUUGCUUCGUGAACUGCAAUGAACGUAAACGAAGGUAGAAUGUAUUUAAAAAAAAAAUAGUAGAAAGUUCGCAAUACGAUAUUCUACUAAAAUAAUAAAUAAGUGCGUCGUGUGAAAUAGUUACGUAUUACAGUAUCACGUAAAAUUUAUACGCUAAAUUACUCAUGUGUUAAUAAAAACUC